AGCGUCACGCAGCAACUCAAAAUUCGGAAUCUGACUUUCCCGUUUGUCUCUGUGUUUAACAACAAUCAUAUCGUAAAACAUUUUCUCCCUUUUUGAGAACAGCCGCUCCUCUAAGGAAAAUGCCUACUCUGUAAAAAAAAGCAACCGAUCUUAACGGGCAACACAAAUGACACAGUUCACCAAGUCCAGAAGCAGGCGGUCGGUCACCAGGUACCUCGGUGCCGAUCUGGUGUGCAGUUAAGACAGAGACAACUCCGUCUCUUCUAUUUUCUUCAGUAUUUCUGCUAAGUAGAAGCUUCAUGUCAGCGCCUUCCUCAAUGACCCAGAGCUAAUCUGUUUUCUUGUAAUUACGUUGGAUCUGCAACUAGUGAUGUAAUUAAAUGCCGUCCCCCAGCCCAACUCCAUCAGUUUUAAUUACAAACAUACUUAUAAUGAUCGAACUCGCUUUGAAAAAAAUGCUUUAAAAACGUGCUGAACGCGCGGUGCAUUUUUCCAUUGAUCCCUGGAGUCAACAGUCCUGAGGGCUGACCUUUAAACUUAGCACUCGCCCCGAAGCGGGCCCCUAAAAUCCGAAUGACUCCUGUGUAAGUGCUCCAAUCGGCACACAGCGCUCACCAGGGUAUCAUCUUGCCUUGUUGCGGAGAGGGAAGAGGCUGACCCGAGCGGUGGAGUUUACGGUCUGAAUCAAUUCCUCUAACAGUCCGGCCACUUCACCCCAGUCUAACUGGACCGGCGGAGCAUCUGCCCCUUUGAACAACCUCUGGAGAUCGAAACCAGAAGUGAGAAAAGUUCAUUGCUGUUGCCUCGCAGAUCAAAUCUUUGCUUUUUAAAUGCAUCGCCUAGAUUUACACGUCGUUUGACUUUUGGAGGACGGUGUUUAAAAUGAUUGUACCAAUGAACCUGAGAUGGCAAACUGAAACCUUCAUCGUGUACCUUGCCCUGCUUUUCUGUCCGACCGUUCAAGAUGAGCAGGAGGCGCAGGAUGUCCCGGAGGGAGCCUCCACCCUGGCCUUUGUCUUUGAUGUGACCGGGUCCAUGUAUGAUGACUUAGUCCAAGUUAUUGAAGGAGCUUCAAAGAUUUUGGAGACGUCCUUAAGCCGACCCAAGAAGCCUCUGUAUAACUUUGCUCUUAUACCCUUUCACGACCCAGAGGUUGGACCAGUCACCAUCACUACAGAUCCAAAGAAGUUUCAGUAUGAACUCCGGGAACUAUACGUACAGGGCGGCGGUGACUGUCCAGAAAUGAGCAUCAGUGCAAUCAAAAUCGCUUUGGAAAUUUCUCUUCCUGGGUCUUUCAUCUACGUCUUCACAGAUGCGCGGUCAAAGGACUACAGGCUUGCUCACGAUGUUUUACAGCUUAUCCAGCAGAAGCAAUCUCAGGUUGUAUUUGUGCUCACUGGGGACUGUGAUGAUCGAAGCCAUGUUGGCUAUAAGGUCUAUGAAGAGAUUGCCUCCACAAGUUCUGGCCAGGUCUUCCAUCUUGACAAGAAACAAGUGAAUGAGGUUCUAAAAUGGGUAAAAGAAGCAGUUCAAGCAUCCAAAGUUCAUCUGCUAUCAACAGACCAUGCCUCCCAAGCUGUAAACAUCUGGCAAAUCCCCUUUGAUCCCAGUCUGAAACAGGUGACCGUGUCUCUCAGUGGUCCUGCUCCUUUUAUUGAGAUCAGAGAUCCUUCAGGAAAAAUUAUCAGAAAAGGAUCUGGUCUUAAUGAGCUUUUACAUAUUGCAAACUCUGCUAGGGUGGUAAACAUCAAGAAUCCACAACCAGGACUCUGGGCCAUUAAGACUGCAAGUGCUGGGAGACAUUCAGUUCGAAUCACAGCUCUCAGUACCAUUGACUUUCGAGCUGGAUUUUCACAAAAACGAACAAUGAACUUUAAGAAAAUUGGCAACAGACCCGUGCAAGGUAUCCCAACGUACUUACUACUGAAUACAACAGGACUCGCCCCUCCUGCUAGAGUAGAUCGUGUGGAGCUCCUCAGCACCUCGGGUGUUUCAUUGAAGACUCUUCCGAUCAGAUAUUACCCUGACCGAAAGCCUUACAGCAUCCUGAACGUCACCGAAUUUAUUCCACCCGACGAAGCCUUUUUCCUGAAAAUUACUGGAUACGACAGCAAAGAGUACCUCUUCCAGCGAGUAUCCAGUGUGUCAUAUUCCAACAUUGUUCCAGGUGCUCCAAAGGUCACCAUGCCGGCACUGACUCCAGGUUACUACAUGCAGCCAGGUUACAUCUCCUGUACCGUGGAGAGCCUCAUCCCCUUCACACUGCGUUUCAGCAGAGCCGGUUCAAAACUUGGAACAGACCAGUUUUACAAGGAAUCUACCUCUGCAAGCUUUGAAAUCCUUCGUGUUUCUGCAGUGCAUGAAGGUACUUAUGAAUGCAUAGCAAUCAGCAGUGCUGGAACUGGGCGCGCCCAAACCUUCCUGGAUGUGUCAGAGCCACCCCCAACCAUUCAGGUGCCCAGAAAUGUCACUGCCAUUCCUGGGGAGCGGGCCACUCUCACCUGUUUGACACUGAGCACGGUGCGCUACAACCUGACCUGGCAGAGAAAUGGCAUCGACCCAAGACUGUCAGAGAGGCACAGAGUGAGAGUAAUGAGCAACCUGUCUCUGGAGAUCAGGAACGUGCAGCCAGCCGAUGCUGGGCCAUACAGCUGCAUUGCUGCAAAUGAAGGGGGUGUCACAUCUGCUUCUGUCUAUUUGGUAGUACAAGAACCUCCACGAGUCAGAGUGUAUCCCACGAACCAGACGUUCACAGAAGGGAGGGAGGUGCGAAUCAGCUGUACAGCCACAGGAUACCCCCGUCCACACACGGUCUGGACUCAUAAUGACAUGUUUCUAAUCGGAACAAGCAGGCAUAUGCUAAGCAAGAGUGGCAGUCUAAUUAUUAGACCAGCUUCUCAGAAGGAUUCUGGAGUUUACACCUGCUUGGGCAGUAGCUCUGCAGGGACAGACAGACAAACAUCCAUUCUCACUUAUAUAGAGGCUCCAAAGGUUACUGUUGUCCGAAAGGAAAUCCUUAUUGGCCUUGGGGACACUGCAGUUUUGAAAUGUAAAACCACUGGUGUUCCAGAGCCAGAGAUCAGAUGGUUCAAAGGUGACCUUGAGUUGAAUCCUUCCAAUUUUCUGAGCAUUGAUACUUAUCGGGGUGUUCUGGAGAUAAAGGAAACACAGGAAUUAGAUGCUGGAGACUAUACAUGUUUGGCUGUGAAUGAUGCUGGAAGAGCUUCUGGCCAGAUUACUUUGGAUGUUGGCUCUUCACCUGUUUUCUCACAAGCCCCAUUGGAUAUCUCCAUGGACAUUGGUUCAAACCUGACUUUGCCUUGCCAGGCACAGGGAUACCCCACUCCCCGGAUCAGGUGGCAGCGAGUAGAUGGGGAGUCCAUCUUCUCAAGGCACUCUGCAGUUAGUUCUGUGACUCAGCUGAGAACAGGAAGUCUCUCCUUCAAAAAUCUUUGGGUGGACGAUGAAACCACAUACAUCUGUGAAGCUGAAAACCAGUUUGGAAAGAUCCAGGCUCGAGCCACAGUUACAGUCACAGGACUGGUUAAACCAUUGAUUGGAAUCAGACCAGCUGUGGUGAACAUCAUUGAAGGGCAGCCUCUGACCUUGCCAUGUGUGUUAUUGGCUGGAAAUCCCCUCCCAGGGCGAUUGUGGAUAAAAAAUAAUUUUAAGGUGACGUCGGAUGGUUACGUGACCGUACGUAGGGAUGGAAGCCUUCAUAUUGAAAGGAUUCGCCUACGAGAUGGUGGAAAAUACACAUGCCUUGCCAGUAACGUGGCUGGAACAAGCAACAGAACUACUACUGUGAAUAUAUUUGUUGUUCCCACCAUCCAACAUGGACCUCAGAUAUUCAGUACCAUUGAGGGAAUCCCAGUUCGGCUACCCUGCAAAGCACAUGGUGUUCCCAAGCCUUCCAUUAGCUGGUCAAAGAAUGAUGAACUCAUUAUCCAGCGUUUGGGGAACUUCAGUGUGGAAUCAGAUGGCAGUUUAUUAAUAUUUUCUCCAAGUGGUGCAGAGACUGGGGAAUUUGUGUGCACAGCCACAAAUGCUGCAGGCUACACCACACGCAAAGUUCAGCUGACUGUUUAUGUUAAACCAAGAAUCGUUUCUCAGUCAAGAGGAGGAUCUGAGAGAAGUCCAACAGAGUUGUCAGUGACAGAAGGAGAAGAUAUCACAUUGCCUUGUGCAGUCCAAAGCUUUCCACCUCCCAUCAUCCACUGGGCCAAAAAUAUGCAACUUAUCUCUCCUUUUUCACCAAGACACACUCAACUUUCCACUGGAUCAAUGAAGAUUAUUGAAACCAGAUUGUCUGAUUCUGGAACCUACCAGUGUGUUGCUACAAACAUUGCUGGGAAUGUUACACAAUACAUUAGAUUAAGUGUACAUGUUCCUCCAAGAAUUCGGUCUGGACCCCGCAUUAUAAAAGUCCAAGCAGGUCACAGGAUUGAUAUCCCCUGCAAUGCACAUGGUGUGCCAACUCCCAGCAUAAGCUGGUAUAAGGGAAAGAGUAAUGUUUCAUUCAAUAAAGAACAGUACCGUGUGGACACAGAAGGAACAUUGACUAUUAAGAAGGUCAAACUCAAUGAUGAUGGAGUUUAUACGUGUGUUGCCAAGAAUGUGGCUGGUCAACAUGAAGUAAAUACAACUGUACAGGUUCAUGAACCUCCUGUUGUUGAAGACCCAGGACCUCCAUUUAAUACUCCUUUCCAAGAGAGAAUGGCAAACCAGCGUAUUGCAUUUCCAUGUCCAGCCAAAGGUACCCCAAAACCUGUAAUCAAGUGGCUACGUAAUGGAAGAGAGUUAACUGGAAGUGAGCCUGGUGUGUCCAUUUUGGAUGAUGGGACUUUGCUCAUUGAUACAGUUUCACUGCAUGAUGAUGGAGAGUAUGUCUGUGUGGCAGUCAAUGAGGCCGGAUCAACAGAAAAAAAAUACCAGCUCAAGGUCCAUGUCCCUCCUGAUAUCAGGGAUAAUGAAAAGCCAGCUAACCUGUCAGUGGUCAUAAACCAGCCAAUCAGCCUCUUCUGUGAUGUGUCAGGACACCCUACUCCCAUCAUAUCCUGGUACAAAGAUGGACUGCCUGUUAGAGAAAGUAAUACCAUACAGAUAAUGAGUGGGGGAAAGAUCCUGAGGCUGCGCAAGACUGCAGCCAGUGACACGGGGCGCUACACAUGUCGAACAAUCAACAUUGCCGGAACUGCAGAGAAGGGCUUCAACUUGGAAGUGUUGGUCCCUCCAAGUAUAAUGGGUGCUGGCACUACAAGUGAAGUAUCAGUGAUUCUGAAUCAGGAAGCAAUGCUUGAGUGUAAAGUCCAAGGCAUUCCCUUUCCCCACAUCCAGUGGUACAAAGACAACAGGGUUCUUUUCCUGGGCAGCCCCAACAUAGAGGUAAGAAAUGAUGGCCAGCUGCUCCACAUAAAGAAUGCACGCCUGUCUGAACAGGGCCAUUACCAGUGCAGUGCAGUAAAUGCUGCAGGAAAACGAUUCAAGAAAUUCAAACUCAACAUCUACGUUGCACCAACCAUUAAAGGAGGUAAUACCACAACUGACCUGACUGUUCUGCUAAAUAACCCCGUCCUCCUGGAAUGUGAAGCUCGUGGCGUUCCGCUGCCUGCUAUAACCUGGUACAGAGCCAAUCGACCAAUCAUCUCCAGUCCGCAAGCUACGUAUAUUGACAGAGGGCACUUCCUUCAGAUACCUCGGGCCCAUAUAUCAGAUGCUGGUCAAUAUACUUGUCGCGUCACCAGUGUUGCUGGAACUGCUGAAAAGCUUUACGAGCUGGAUGUGUAUGUUCCUCCUAAUGUUGAAGGACAGCUUGAAACUCCCCAGCUCAAGAAGGUCAUUACUAAUAACAUGGUGGUUCUGCAUUGUGAAGCAUCUGGGCACCCACCUCCAGUUCUUAUGUGGCUGAAGGAUGGGGUACCUGUGAAAGCCAGUAACAACACUCGUAUCCUGCAGGGAGGCAGGACGCUGGAGAUUCUCAGUGUAGCCGUGCCUAGUGCCGGUGGCUACACGUGUGUAGCUAGCAGCAUUGCUGGUGAAAGCCAAAUAAAGUACAUCCUAGAUGUUCUAGUGCCUCCAACCAUUGAAGGGAAUGAAGAAGCCGCCAAUGCCACGGUAAUUGUGCAUAAUCCUCUGGAGCUUGAGUGUAAUGCAGCUGGAAGCCCUCCUCCAAAUAUCAUGUGGAUGAAGGAUGGACAACCAGUUAAAAGUGCAGUUGGUGUUCAAAUUACAGCCAAUGGCCAGAAGUUGAUCAUCUCGCAAGCCCAGAUCACUGACACAGGCAGAUACCAGUGUGUAGCCACCAAUGAAGCAGGCAGUCAGCAGCGAGAAUUUAAUGUUGUUGUUCAAGUUUCCCCAACAAUUAGAUCAACAGGCCCUUUGGAAAGAUCAGUGGUGGUUCAUAAAACAGUGAUCCUCCAGUGUGUAGCUAAUGGCAUUCCACACCCUACCAUUACAUGGCUUAAAGAUGGGAGGCCUGUAAACACCGCAAGAGGAAACAUCAAGCUGGAGUAUACGGGUCACAAGCUGCAGAUUAUGAACGCUCUGCUGGAAGAUGCAGGCCAGUAUAACUGUGUGGCAACAAAUGCAGCUGGGGAAGCCCAGCAGCACAUCAGACUCAACGUGCAUGAACCUCCGACCAUUGAAGAUGGGGGCCUAACUCUGAACAAGACGGUAAUUGUCAGAAAUCCCACUGAACUGAAAUGCAGAGCAUCAGGAACCCCAGUACCAGCUAUAACAUGGUUCAAAGACAACCAGCCAAUCAGCACAAGAUUUGGAGCAUCCAUAUUAAAUCGGGGUCAACUUCUCCAGAUUGCCAGUGCCCAGGUAACAGAUAUGGGUGUGUACAGAUGUGCAGCUAUCAACGUGGCUGGAGCUGCCGAAAUAACCUAUAAGGUGGAUGUUUAUGUUCCUCCAACAAUAUCUGGCAGCAGUGACAUGUUGACUGUGGUGGUAAACAACCUCGUUAGAUUGGAAUGCGAAGCCAGUGGUAUCCCAAUGCCAAGCAUGACAUGGCUGAAAGAUGGGAGCCCAAUUGCCAGCUUUUCAGAUGCUGUUCAGGUUCUGUCUGGGGGUCGAGUGCUUGCUAUCACCAGUGCUCAGAUCAGAGACACUGGCAGAUACACAUGUGUAGCCGUGAAUGCUGCAGGGGAGCAGCAGAGGGACAUUGAUCUCAGAGUUCAUGUUCCCCCAAAUAUCAUGGGAGAAGAACAAAAUGUCUCAGUUGCCAUCAACCAAGGAGUUGUGCUGAAGUGUCGAAGCAACGCAAUCCCCCCUCCAAUGCUCAACUGGCUGAAAGAUGGAAAGCCAUUGUUCAAGAAGCCAGGCCUCACUGUUUCUGAUGAUGGAAGUACCCUGCAGAUUGAAUCUGCACAAGUCCUGGAUACAGGGCGCUACACAUGUGAAGCCAUAAACGUGGCUGGUAAAACAGAAAAGAACUACAAUUUAAACAUUUUGGUUCCACCCAAUAUUCAAGGGUCAAAUGAAUUAUUCAAGAUGACAGUCAUAGAAGGAAACUUAAUCAGCUUAAUUUGUGAAUCCAGUGGUAUUCCACCACCAAGUUUGAUGUGGAAGAAGAAUGGCUCUCCAUUGCUGAAUGAUCUGAAUGGUCAAGUCCGCAUUGUCUCAGGUGGGCGACAGUUGCAGAUCUCCAAUGCUAAACGAUCAGACAGUGCGUCCUACACCUGUGUGGCAUCCAAUAUUGCUGGAGCUGCAAUGAAAGAAUACGAGCUGGAAGUCUAUGCCCGACCAACCAUUGAGAACAGCAGGAGUCAUCCAACAGAAGUGGUUGUUAUCCGAGGGAAUGAUGUUACCUUAGAAUGCAAGGCCGAAGGGAUUCCCCGACCUGCCCUGACAUGGCAGAAAGAUGGCCGCCCCCUUGUGAAUGAUAGAGGAGUGACCAUUUUGAAUGAUGGACAGCUACUGCAGAUUAAGGAUGCACAUGUUUACCAUACUGGGCGGUACACAUGUGUGGCUGUGAAUGUCGCAGGACAAGUGGAGAAGAAAUAUGACCUCAACGUACAUGUGCCACCAAGUAUUAGUGGGGCCCUGGGAGUACCAGAGAAUGUCAGUGUUGUGGUUAAAAAUCCCGUUGUAUUGACCUGUGAAGCUUCGGGCAUUCCUCUUCCAUCAAUCACAUGGCUAAAAGAUGGACGGCCAAUCAGUCUGAGCAAUGCUUUGAGAAUACUCUCAGGAGGUCGCAUACUACGCUUGAUUCAGGCAGCAGAGGAAGAUUCUGGACUGUAUUCCUGUGUGGUCACAAAUGCUGCAGGGGAAGAGACCAAAAGCUUUGACCUCAACGUUUUGGUACCACCCAGUAUAGUUAAUGAAGAUAAGAUAGAAGAUGCAAAAAUCAAGGAGAAUCACAGUAUUACACUCUCUUGUGAGGUUUCAGGUAAUCCGGUUCCACAAAUAAAAUGGCUGAAAGAUGGUGAACUUCUGACUGACGAUCAGCAUCAGAUCCUAUCCAGUGGCCGUUUUCUACAGAUUGAGAAGGCACAUGUGUCUGACACCGGUCGAUAUACUUGCAUUGCCUCUAAUGCAGCAGGUCACAAGAACAAGAACUUCAACCUAAAUGUGCUAGUGUCUCCUAAAAUUCCUGGCGUUGACAGUCAAGGCAUUCCAGAGGAAGUCAUGGUUAUUCUGAAUAACCCCACCUCCCUGGUGUGUGAGGCACAAUCAUAUCCACCUGCAAUUAUCACCUGGCUUAAAGAUGGAGCACCUUUCGAAUCCAACAACCACGUGCAGAUUCUUCCAGGCGGGCGAACGCUUCAGAUUCUCAAAGCUCAGGAGAAUGAUGCUGGAAGAUAUACUUGUAUUGCUACUAAUGAGGCUGGAGAAAUGCUAAAAAAUUAUGAAGUGAAGGUCUACAUUCCACCUACUAUCAACAAAGAUGAUAUCCCAGAUUUUGGUCUGUCACCAAAAGAAGUUAAGAUAAAAGUAAACAGCACGCUGACUCUGGAGUGUGAGUCUUACGCAAUUCCAGCAGCCACUCUUCGCUGGUACAAAGAUGGACAGCCUCUGCAGAUUGACGAGCACAACACCAUCACAGCAAACACCAGGAUCAUUCAAAUCAAGAAUGCCCAGAUUUCAGAUACAGGACGGUAUACUUGUGUGGCCACCAAUAUUGCUGGAGAGGACGAGAAAGAUUAUGAUGUAAAUGUUCAAGUUCCGCCAAGUUUUGUGAAACCAGAGAAUAGCUAUGAUAUAACUGGGAGUACACUGGAAGGGAGCAGGACAGUUGUUUUCAAGGAUGUAGUCAUUAACAACCCCAUCUCCUUGUACUGUGAGACAAAUGCUAUCCCACCACCAUCUCUCACUUGGUACAAAGACAGCAAGCCAUUGACAUCUAAUAGCCAUGUUCAAAUACUGCCAGGAGGACGUGUUCUACAGAUACCCAGAGCACAAGUUGAGGAUGCUGGCAGAUACACGUGUGUGGCAACGAACGAAGCAGGCGAAGAUUCUAUUCAGUAUGAACUAAGGGUUAUGACUCCUCCUACUAUUAAACGGGCUGACAGUGAUUUACCCGAAGACAUCAUUGUGCUGGUGAACAGAACUGCCAUGUUGGACUGCAUGGUCAGUGGGACACCCACUCCCAAAAUCUCCUGGCUGAAGGAUGGCCAGCGGUUAGGAGCCAGUGGUCCCUACCAACUGCUAUCCAAUGGACGAACUCUUCAGAUUCUCAAUGCUGAAGUGUCAGAUACUGGCAGAUAUAUUUGCCUUGCAGAAAACAUAGCUGGAAACACUGAAAAAUACUUCAAUUUACAUGUCCAUGUGCCUCCCAGUAUCAUGGGCAUCAACCCAGAGAACAUGACUGUUGUGAUAAAUAGCUUCUUCUCUUUGACGUGUGAAGCCACAGCUUUUCCACCGCCCAGCCUUAACUGGCUUAAGGACGGGAAACCUCUGCAUUCCAACACCAACGUUCUUAUUUUGCCUGGAGGUCGGACUGUUCAGUUGCCUCGGGCUAAGCUCUCAGAUGGAGGAAAAUACACGUGCUUGGCCAUGAAUCAAGCCGGAGAAGCUGAAAAGCAGAUUUAUCUCACAGUUUAUGUUCCGCCAACUAUAAAGGGUGCAGGGGAUUCCCCUCACUCAGUCAGUGUCCGCGCUGGGAAUACAGCGAUUCUGGAGUGUGAAUCAAAUGCACUGCCACCACCCAUCAUCACCUGGUUCAAGAAUGGCCGCCCAGUCAUUGAGUCCAGCAACGUUCGAACUCUGGCCAGUGGCCGGAGUCUGGAGAUUACAAAUGCUGAGGUUUCAGACACAGGCCAAUAUGUGUGCAAAGCCACAAACAUUGCUGGGCAAGUGAAUAAGAAUUUCCACCUCAAUGUACAUGUCCCACCCAGAAUUGAAGGCCUGGCAGAGGAAACAGUCAAUGAGGUUAUUAGCAGUCCUGUCACUUUUGCCUGCGAUGCAACUGGCAUUCCUCCACCGACAUUAACUUGGCUGAAGAAUGGAAGGACCAUUGAAAAUGCACAGUCCUUGGAGAUGCACAUUCUGUCUGGGGGCAGCAAACUGCAGAUUGCUCGGUCACAGCUUGCAGACAGUGGCUCCUACACCUGUGUGGCAACAAAUGUGGAGGGAAUGGCCCAGAAAACCUACAUCCUGACAAUUCACGUCCCUCCUAGUAUUUCUGGUUCCGAGAUGCCCAGUGAAGUCAGUGUUCUGCAGGGUGAAAACGUGAAGCUGGUUUGUGCUGCUGAUGGCAUUCCUAGGCCCUCAGUGCAGUGGCUUAAAGACAGCAAACUUCUGAAUGACACUGAUGAUAAACGAAUAAGAGUGAGUUCAAAUGGCAGCACCCUCCACAUUAAUAGGGCAAUGACUACGGACAUUGGCAAAUACACUUGUGUGGCCACCAACUCUGCUGGUGAAGAAGAUCGAAUUUUUAACCUCAAUGUUUUUGUUCCACCAGUCAUUCACAGUAAUCAGAUGGGGAACCAGGAACUGACUACUAUAUUGGAUAACUCUAUUAAUAUUGAGUGUAAGGCUACUGGCUCCCCACCGCCACAGCUGAACUGGUUAAAGAAUGGUCUUCCUCUUCCAAUUUCAUCUCAGAUCCGGCUGCUCUCCGCUGGGAAAGUUCUGAGAAUUGUGCGGGCCCAGAUGUCAGAUGAUGGGACGUACACUUGUGUGGCUUCUAAUCGAGCUGGUGUGGACAACAAGCAUUACAACUUAAUAGUGCAUGUCCCUCCAAGGCUGGAUGGCGCUGGUGGCAUCAAAGACCUUACGAUAGUGAAGGGGAAUCCGGCAGCCUUAACGUGCAUCACUGACGGAAUACCAAUGCCAACAUUAGCAUGGCUGAAAGAAACGCAGCCUCUUAAGCUGAGUCCUCACAUGACCGUUGGAAACCAGGGAAUGUCACUGCAGAUUACUGCAGCUGAAGUGGAAGACAGUGGAACGUACACCUGUGUGGCUGCCAAUGAAGCUGGGGAGGUCAGCAAACACUUCAGACUGAAAGUGCUUGAUCCGCCUCAUAUCAAUGGCUCUGAUUUUGCGGAGACCUCUGUGGUGGUGAACAAUCCCUUAGAGCUUCACUGUGUUGCCACGGGCAUCCCCGCUCCCAAACUGACCUGGAUUAAGGAUGGACGGCCACUGCCUCAGACGGAUACCGUUCACGUUCUUCAUGGUGGCGAGGUGUUGAGAAUAGAGAAUGCUCAGGUGCAAGAUACAGGCAGAUACACUUGCCUGGCAUCCAGUGUAGCAGGAGAUGAUGACAGAGAAUAUCUGGUGAGGGUGCAUGUUCCACCAAACAUUGCGGGUCAAAGUGGACCACAGGAUUUGGCAGUGCUCAAGAAUGGGCAGAUAACCCUGGAGUGUAAAUCGGAUGCUGUACCACCUCCAACACUGUCUUGGCUAAAGGAUGACAAAUCAUUAAAGGCCACCCCUCGUAUACGUAUCCUGUCCAGUGGGAGAUACCUUCAGAUUAAUAAUGCAGAGCUUGGGGAUGCAGCUCGAUAUGUUUGUGUAGCAAGCAACGUUGCAGGGAAGAUGACAAGAGAGUUCAUUGUAGCAGUGAACAUUGCUCCGACCGUCGAAGGUUCGCAGAUGGUGACUGCCCAUGUGAACCAACCAGUACUGCUCAAGUGUGUUGUGAAUGGCUUACCAGUUCCCCAAGUUACCUGGAGAAAGGAUGGUGCCAUUCUUUCAGCAAGCAACUUGAGGUAUUCUUUCUCAGAGGAUGGUUCACUGCACAUUGACUCAGCUCAAGUAACAGAUACAGGCCGUUAUCUAUGUAUGGCAACCAAUGCCGCAGGAACAGCUCGUAAGAGAAUUGAUGUACAGAUCUAUGUUCCUCCAUCCAUUGCUCCUGGCCUCAACAAUAUCACUGUUCUAGUCAAUGUGCAGACCACUCUGGCUUGUGAAGCUUCUGGUAUCCCAAAGCCAACAGUCAGCUGGAAGAAGAAUGGACGCCUGCUCAGCACUGAUCAGAAUCAGAAUAUGUACAGACUGCUUUCCUCUGGUUCCCUUGUAAUCAUCUCACCCACUGUGGAAGACACUGCACGCUAUGAGUGCCAAGUCUCAAACCAUGCUGGAGAAGAUCAAAAAGCCUUCCAGCUUACUGUACAAGUUCCUCCUUCAAUUGCUGAUGAGGCGACUGACUUGUUGGUAACACGGUUGACACCAGCUGUUAUUACUUGCACUGCCUCUGGUGUCCCAGAACCAAGGAUUCACUGGACCAAAGAUGGGGUCAGGCUGCCAGCACAAGGAGAAGGCUAUCUCAUUCUCUCCACAGGAACAAUUGAGAUCAUUGCUGCCCAGCUGAAUCACACAGGAAGGUACACGUGUAUUGCAAAGAAUGCUGCUGGCUCUGCACGUAAGCAAGUCAAUCUCCGUGUGCAAGAACCUCCUGUGAUUCAACCUCAGCCCAGCACUCUGGAGGUGAUUCUGAAUAAUCCUAUCACUCUUCCGUGUGAGGCGACUGGAAAUCCAAACCCCACAAUUACAUGGCAGAAAGAAGGCAUUAGUAUUGACACCACAGGAGCUUACACUGUCCUACCCAAUGGAGGUCUUCAGAUUGCACGAGCUGCAGUGAAAGACACUGGGACGUACAUGUGUGUUGCACAGAACCCAUCUGGCACAGCGCUGGGAAAGAUUAGGCUGAGAGUGCAUGUGCCUCCAGUCAUAAUGGCACACCCAACAAACUAUGUUGUUACUUUGGAUAAACCUGUCACUAUGGUAUGUGAGGCCAAGGGUUACCCAAAUCCCGAAGUCACCUGGAACAAAGAUGGACAAGCUGUUUCCGAGAGCAUUCGCCAGAGGGUCCUCAGCACAGGAGCGCUCCAGAUUGCCUUUGCCCAACCCCAGGACACUGGUCGAUACACCUGUACAGCAGCCAACUCUGCAGGUUCCAGCAGUUCGGUCAUGGUUUUAACAGUUCAUGUUCCACCAUCCAUGCACACCUCUCCCGCUGAGUUCAUGGUGAUUGAGCAAUCUCAGAUCAUAAUACCGUGCAGUGCUGAUGGAGUACCUGAGCCAGCACUGACCUGGCAGAAAGAUGGCAAAACCUUGCAGAACAAAUUAGGAAAAUAUAACUUAUUGCUGUCAGGAGAGCUCCUUGUGGAAAAUGCUGUGCCUGAUGAUACUGGCAGCUACACAUGUAUAGCUACCAACGUGGCCGGUCGUGACACCAAGACCGUUACCCUGAAUGUCUACACCCACCCUACUUUUACAGAGCUGCCUGGAGAUGUAUCCUUAAACAAGGAGGAACAUUUAGAAUUGAAUUGUGCAGCAAAUGGUAUUCCCACACCCAAAAUUACCUGGACCUUCAACAACAACAUUAUACCUGCCCAAUACGAUGAUGUCAAUGGGCACAGCAAAUUGGUCAUUGAAAAGACGUCAAAGGGUGACUCGGGCACAUACAUUUGUACAGCAGAAAACAGAGUCGGAUCUAUCAAAGCCAUCGGAUUUGUAUACGUCAAAGAGCCUCCAAUCUUUGAUGGUGAUUUUAAUCCAAACCGCAUUGAGCCUCUUGGAGGGAACGCGAUCCUCAACUGUGAGGUCCGAGGUGAUCCACUCCCUACUAUUCAGUGGAGUAAGAAAGGGAUCCAUAUUCCGAUCAGCAACAGGAUUCGUCAGCUUCACAAUGGUUCGCUGGCCAUCUAUGGCACAGUGAAUGAAGAUGCUGGAGACUAUAAAUGCAUUGCCACGAAUGAUGCUGGUGUGAUUGAGCGGAGCGUGACCCUGACUUUGCAGAGUUCCCCAGUGUUCACAGUUGAACCCGUGGAUACCAUUGCUGAUGCUGGAAGCACAGUGAUGUUGAACUGCCAAGCAGGAGGAGAGCCAGUUCCAACUGUGGAGUGGUCCCGGCAAGGAAAACCCCUGACAGGAAAUGACAGGAUCACGGUCUUAUCCAACAGCUCACUGCGGCUCACUGCUGUGCAGAAGGAAGACACGUCAGAAUACGAGUGUGUGGCCAGGAACCUGCUGGGUUCAGUGCUGAUCAAAAUCACCCUGACCGUACAAGUGCAUGGCGGGUUUUCAGAGUGGCUGAAGUGGAGACCAUGUAGUGUGACCUGUGGACAGGGAGUGCAGAAACGGCUGCGGCUUUGUAAUAACCCAGUACCUGCAAAUGGAGGACGGCAUUGCCAGGGCACUGAUUCAGAAACACGAGAAUGUCAGUCCAAACCUUGCCCAGUGGAUGGGAGUUGGUCAGAGUGGGGCCAAUGGGAAGAGUGCUCUCGUACUUGUGGCCAGGGGAACAGGACAAGGACUAGGAGUUGUAGUAAUCCAGCCAUGCAGUUCGGAGGGAGACGAUGUGAAGGCAGGGCAGUGGAGGCCAUCAUGUGCAACAUCCAGCCGUGUCCAGUGAUUGGCGGCUGGAGUUCCUGGUUGCCAUGGAGUCCAUGCAGUGAGACUUGUGGGAAGGGGACUCAGACUAGAUUAAGACUCUGCAACAAUCCUCCCCCCUCAUUUGACGGCACACACUGUGAAGGGCAAGAUGCACAGACACGUGUUUGUAAGAACAGGAUGUGUCCAGUGGAUGGGAAAUGGAUACCUUGGGCCAGCUGGAGUGCUUGUAGUGUGUCAUGUGGAGGAGGCACGCGCCGGAGGGCCAGGACAUGUUCAAACCCCGCCCCUCAGUAUGGAGGCCGCUACUGUGAAGGAAGUGAUGUACAAAUGGACUUCUGUAAUAGUGAUCCAUGUCCAGUUCAUGGGAACUGGGGUCCGUGGAGCAGUUGGGGAACCUGCAGUCGCACGUGCAAUGGAGGCCAAAUGCGACGCUACCGUACCUGUGACAACCCCAGGCCAGCGAGUGGCGGAAGGGCUUGUGCGGGUGCAGACACACAGAUUCAUCGGUGCAGCACUGAUCUUUGCCCAGUGCAUGGAAGCUGGGGUCCUUGGCAGGCAUGGAAUGAUUGCUCAGCAACCUGUGGAGGUGGGGAGCAGAGGCGACUCCGUCUGUGCAACAGCCCAGUACCGUUGAAUGGGGGCCGCUCAUGCCCAGGAGAUGGUUCACAAGUCUCCAGGUGUCAAGUUCAACCUUGUCCAGGUGGUCCUCAGUAUGCCAGAGGAAGCAUUAUAGGCAAUAUUAAUAAUGUGGAAUUUGGUGUUGCCUUGCUAAACGCCACCAUCUAUCACAGUUCAGAAACUGGGACACAAAAUAUACAAGCACAAAUCUUCAAUGUACCGAGAAGCGUUGGCCCCGCCAUGAGGAAACUCAUUUCAAUCAUAAAUCCCAUUUAUUGGACAACUGCAAAGGAAAUUGGGGAAGCGUUUAAUGGAUACACACUAACAAAAGGAGUAUUCAGGCGGGAGACACAAGUUGAGUUUGCUACUGGAGAAAUACUGCGAAUGACACACAUUGCAAGAGGCCUGGACUCUGAUGGGGCACUGUUACUGGACAUUGUGGUGAAUGGAUAUGUGCUGCAACUUCCCUCAUCCAUAAACCUUAAUGUUAAGGAUUACUCAGAGGACUACAUUCAGACUGGACCUGGUCAAGUCUAUGCCUUCUCCACCAGGAUGUUUACAGUAGAUGAUGCCAGCAUACCAUAUUCUUGGAAUCACACCAUUACUUACGAUGGUAAUCAAGGCCGAAUGCCAUUUCUUGUGGAGACGCUUCAAGCUACAGCCAUUGAGGCAACUUAUAGCCCACUGGAUGAAAUUCUGGAGUACAAGAUUCAUGCUAUCAUUACAAAAGGUGACCAUAGUAACCAAUGCCCGAGUGGUUUUGUUUUGGAUUCAGUUGGGCUUUUUUGCUCAGAUGAAGAUGAGUGUGCUAUCAGGAAUCCCUGCUCUCACGUGUGCCACAAUGCAAUGGGGACAUAUUACUGCUCAUGCCCUGAAGGUCUCACCAUAUCUGCUGAUGGAAGAACUUGCCAAGAUAUUGAUGAGUGUGCUUUAAGUGGUCGCAUUUGUCGUGCAGGACAAGACUGCAAAAAUACCAUUGGCUCAUAUCGCUGCAUAAUGAGGUGCAGCAUUGGCUUCAGUCGGACUCCAGAGGGGUUAAGUUGCCAAGAUAUCAACGAAUGUCAAGAAUUUAAUCCCUGUCAACAUCGUUGUCUGAACACCAUUGGGAGCUACCGGUGUGCAUGCAACAGAGGCUAUCAGUUAAGAGGGAGAAGAUGUGUGGAUAUCAAUGAGUGCAGGCAGAAUGUAUGCCGUCCGGAUCAACAAUGCAAGAACACUCGAGGGGGAUUCCGGUGCAUUGAUCUGUGUCCGAGUGGAAUGACCAAAGCUGAAAAUGGCAGUUGUAUUGAUAUCAAUGAGUGUAAAGAUGGCACCCAUCAGUGUCGUUACAACCAGAUUUGUGAAAAUACUCGAGGAAGCUACCGUUGUGUUUGUCCACGAGGCUACAGGUCACAGGGAGUUGGAAGGCCCUGCAAUGACAUUGGCGAAUGUGAACAGGUGCCUAAACCUUGUGCAUACCAGUGCAUCAACACACCUGGCAGCUUCAAGUGCGUGUGUCCACCUGGACAACAUUUGUUAGGUGAUGGGAAAUCUUGCGCUGGAUUAGAAAGAUUGCCAAAUUAUAGGAGAAUUUAUAAUUUUGGCCAUUUCCCCAGUGUGGGUUCCUUCAUCCAGCAACAGCAACUCUUUAAUCAGACCUCGCAGUAUAGAUCCCACAUGGGCUACGGAAGCCUUUACCAUGUGCCUUUCUCCAGGACUGGCAGGAGCAUUAGAAAAACAUGCCCUGAAGGCUAUGAGGCAAAGCAUGGCAAUUGCAUAGAUAUUGAUGAAUGUGAAAACAAGGAACCUUGUCAGCAUGACUGUAAAAACACAGCAGGGAGCUACCAAUGUCUCUGCCCCAGUGGAUACAGGCUCAUGUCCAAUGGAAAAGCAUGUCAUGAUGUUGAUGAAUGUCUGGAACAAAACAUCCAUUGUGGAGCAAAUCGUAUGUGUUUUAAUAUGAGAGGCAGUUACCAGUGCAUAGACACACCUUGUCCACCCAACUACCAGCGAGAUCCAGUUACUGGAUUUUGCCUGAAAAACUGUCCACCCAAUAAUCUGGAGUGUGCUCUCAGUCCGUAUGCCUUGGAGUAUAAACUAGUUGCCCUUCCAUUUGGUAUUGCUGCUAACCAGGAUCUUAUCCGUCUGGUGGCUUAUACUCACGAUGGAGUGAUGCAUCCCAGAACUGUCUUCUACAUGGUUGAUGAGGACCCACUGCUACCUUUCGCAAUUCGAGAUGAGAACAUGAAAGGAGUUGUAUUUACAAUUAAACCGCUACAGGAGCCUCAGACAUACAGGAUGAAAGUACGGGCUUCAUCAUACAGUGCAGAUGGAAACAUUGAAUAUCAGACUACUUUUAUAGUUUAUAUAGCAGUGUCAGCAUACCCAUAUUAAAAUAAACUACAACAUAUAGUUUUUAUUCACUCAAAUAAAAAGAAGUCAAAUCAACCGGAAGCACAGAUUUGAAAUCUGCCAUUGUCUAAUACAGUUGUGGAAAUGGUGCUACGUUUUGGCAGUAUGCAAGCUGAGGGUUACAAACAGCAGGGCACGCUUUACUGAGCUGUUUGAACAGGGGAGACAAAUCGUCAUUCUCAGCAGUGGAAUGAUUAACAAAGUUCCGAUCAUUUGACCACCUGCCAUUUAAAGUCAUUACACUGUAUAAGAAAGCGACAAGUUCUGGGAGUCAAAUAUCAAGAUGUAUUCUAUUUUUAUGAAAUGUAUAUAUGAACAAUUCUGUGUAUUUUCUAUGCAGUUACCUAUGGAUCAUUUAUUUUUUACCCACAAAGGCUGAAGUGUAAUAAAUGAUCACACCU